AUGGCCAAAACUCAAAAGAAUAAAGCCACCUCGUUUCAUUUGGGUCAAUUGAAAGCUAAGCUUGCGAAGCUAAAGCGUGAACUGCUCACCCCGAGCGGCGGAGGUGGUGGAGGUGGAGCUAACGUGUUCAGUGGCUUUAUUGGAUUCCCAUCCGUGGGUAAGAGUACGCUCAUGAGCAAGCUAACCGGACAACAUUCCGAGGCUGCCGCAUACGAAUUCACAACCCUUACUACCGUCCCCGGCCAAGUCCUAUAUAACGGUGCGAAGAUCCAGAUGCUUGACCUUCCUGGAAUCAUCCAAGGUGCCAAGGACGGCAAAGGUCGAGGAAGACAGGUCAUUGCCGUUGCCAAAACGUGUCAUCUUAUCUUCAUCGUUCUAGACGUGAACAAGCCCUUGACGGACAAGAAGAUCAUCGAGAACGAAUUAGAAGGAUUCGGCAUAAGGAUCAACAAGGAGCCUCCGAACAUUAUCUUCAAGAAGAAAGAUAAGGGCGGCAUUGCCAUCACAAACACCGUACCCCUGACCCAUAUCGAUCACAGCGAGAUCAAAGCGGUUAUGAACGAAUACAAAAUCUCUUCGGCAGAUAUAGCAAUCCGCUGCGACGCCACGAUUGACGACUUGAUUGAUGUUCUUGAAGCCCGAAGCCGUUCUUAUAUACCUGUGAUUUACGCCUUGAAUAAGAUCGAUGCCAUUUCAAUCGAGGAGCUGGAUCUACUAUACCGUAUCCCCAACGCUUGUCCCAUCAGCUCGGAGAGAGGAUGGAAUAUCGACGAACUCCUCGAGCUGAUGUGGGAGAAGCUCAACCUGCGAAGAGUCUAUACCAAGCCUAAGGGCAAGAAUCCAGAUUAUAACGAGCCAGUGGUCUUGAGAAGUACGGCUUGUACUGUCGAAGAUUUCGUACGUCCCGUCUUCCUCCUCCUUCUCCCUUUUUAUCCCGGGUUAUUUUCGUUAUUAACCUGA